AUGAGUCCCAAUGCCGCUCCGACGAAGCAACAUGACAAGCAAUCGCUGCACUAUAUCGUUCGCUCUGGCCUCGCCGGUGGAGUCGCGGGUUGCGUCGCGAAAACGGUAGUUGCACCUCUUGACAGAGUAAAGAUCCUCUUUCAAGCCUCUAAUCCCGAGUUCAAGCAGUAUGCUGGAUCAUGGAGCGGGGCGUUUCGCGCAGGCACCGAGAUAUAUCGACAUGGAGGUGUCCGUGGACUCUUCCAAGGCCAUUCGGCGACAUUACUUCGUAUCUUCCCCUACGCUGCCAUAAAAUUCAUGGCAUACGACCAAAUUCACUACCUUCUCAUGCCCACGCGACAAGAGGAAACCAAUUUCCGACGAUUUGUAGCAGGCGCGCUUUCUGGUACUGUGUCUGUGUUUUGCACUUACCCUCUCGACGUUAUUCGCGUCCGUAUGGCGUUCCACACCCAUCAAGCUGACAAGUCCGUCCCACCCACGCGUCCAUCCUUCCUUGGGGAGGCGAAAUACAUCUAUCACGAAGGAGCAAUCUCUGCUUCUGCCUCCGCGUCCGAAGGAACCGUCCCGCAGAAUAUUCUCACCCGUUUCCCCGUUCUCAAGUUCUAUCGUGGCUUCACCGUCACAGUAGCCGGAAUGAUCCCCUACGCCGGCGUUUCCUUCCUCAGCUGGGGUUAUCUGCGUUCAGUUUUCCUCCCUCCCUCGAAGGCCGGCCACAAGCCCGCAACACCCAUCGCGGAUCUCGCCAUUGGCGCCGUCUCAGGCGUUGUGGCCCAAACUGCAUCGUACCCAUUCGAAGUGAUCCGUCGAAGGAUGCAGGUGGGUGGUCUGACGCGACCAGAUAGAUGGCUUCGAUGGGGCGAGACGAUUCGUACGAUAUGGCAGACGGGUGGGUGGCGCGGGUUCUACGUAGGUUUGAGCAUAGGCUAUCUAAAAGUAGUUCCGAUGACCGCCGUCAGCUUCACGGUGUGGCAAGGAGGAAAGCGGUUACUAAAUGUAUGA